AUAUGUACAAUCUAAAACCGGCUAUUUGUGAAUGUGAAACAGAAAUUGAGCAAUGGCAAUAAUGAAGAAAACACAAUUAGCUUCUCUUCUUCUAAGUUUGCUUCUUAUGCUUCUAUUUCUAUCCUUUCAUGAUCCAGUCUCGGGGGCUAGAGUCCAUUACGUAGUUCACAUUCCCGUUCAUUCUUCGGGAUCCGCUCCACCGUCUUCAUCGUGUGGAAGUGGUAUUUAUCACGUUGCCGGAGCAACAGAGAGGUUGUGUAGACACCCCAAAAAACCGUCUGCUGCAAAACCUUGAUUUCUCAUCGUAAGAGUUAGUAACUUUGAAGAAGACAAAUUUCCAAAAUAUCAAAUGUUUGUUAGUUAAUAACGAUAAGUUUUUUUUUAUUUUCUCGUUUUCUGUUAUAGCUAAAAGUCUUACGCAACUUUAUUUGCUUACUGUAUUUGUGUUUGAGAAUAAUUUCUCAAAUUUGAUUUGUGGGUUUUGGACCAUGAAAGUUGUUUGAUCAGACAGGUUAUUUCCAAUUUUAUGGCUAUAUACUAUAAAUGUAAAGUUGUGAUUAUAAAGGGAUAUGACCUCGUCACGUAAUCUAUAAAUCCGAUUUUUUCUUCUUUUA